AUGUCGAUCUCCAGCGCCGGCGCCGAUGUCUCCGGCGGCUCGCACCUGCUCCAAGUCCACGGCUACUCGAUCGCCAGAUACUGCGCGCCCGACGGCAUGAGCAUCAAGUCGAACCCCUUCACGGUAGGCCGCCGCCGCUGGGAGCUCAGCGUCUUCCCCAACGGCGACCUGUCAGCGGAGAGCGACGGCUUCAUAUCCGUCUCCCUCACCUUCCUCGGCGACGCCGCCGCUACUGAUCCCGACGCCGAGGCCUCGCCCGUGAAGCUGCGGGCCGAAUUCAGCUUCGCGGAGACGAGCAAGCAGGGCCAGGAGCACGUCUGGACGAGGCAGACCGUGGGGCUCCCAGGCACCGGCUUCGGCGUGGGGUACCCGAGGUUCGUCCAGCGGGAGGCCUUGGAGGCGUCGAACCACCUCGACAAGGACGGCGACUGCUUCACUGUCCGGUGCGAUCUGCUCGUCAUCGACGAGAUCGAGCCCGAGGAGAUGAUCGACGACGAAAACGGCACCCGGUACCGGCAGCCCAACGUCCUCAGAUGCGUGGCGUGCAAGUCCCGGCCAGCGACGAUCGGGCAGUCUCAAAAUGAAUUCCAAGUCUCCAAGAUAAUAUAA